UCUGAGCCCCGCUGCCCUCCGCCUGUGACGGGAAUCCAUCGUGACAGGAUACCAGCAGCACCAGCGACUGUAAACAUGGCGGCGUGCACAGCCGGAUGCCUGUGCGAUGUGCCCCGGUACUGAAGUCUCGACCACCGAUACACUUCCAUGAUGGAGACCGAGGAGGAGCAGCAUAUGACCACGCUCUUGUGCAUGGGCUUCCCAGACCCGGUGGCCAUCCGGAAAGCCCUGCGCCUGGCCAAAAACGACAUCAACGAGGCUGUCGCGCUGCUCACCAACGAAAGCCCGGGACUCGGAUACGGCUACGAGCCGAUGGAGAGCGGCCCUUCCCCGGGCAGCGGAGACGGCGAGAACAGCGGUCGCACGGUCACCGGAGGGUUUGAUCCUCCGCCUGCGUAUCACGACGUCGUGGAAAGCGAGAGGGGUAACGAUGAGAAUGGGAACAGUUCUGGGAACAGUAUGGAGUUCCCCACCACUAAUCUGUAUGAACUGGAGAGCAGAGUGUUCACUGAUCACUGGUCCAUCCCAUACAAGAGAGAAGAAUCACUCGGCAAGUGCCUCAUCGCCUCCACCUGCCUGGCCAGACAUGGCCUGGCCGAUGCGGACGAGAACUGCAAAAGGUUCAUUGACCGCUGCAUGCCUGAGGCCUUCAAAAAGUUGCUGACAUCUAGUGCGGUGCACAAGUGGGGAACGGAGAUUCAUGAGGGAAUCUACAACAUGCUGAUGCUGCUGGUGGAUCUGGUCGCAGAGAGAGUCAAACAAGACCCCAUACCCAUUGGCCUUAUGGGUGUUCUUACUAUGGCUUUUAACCCAGAUAAUGAGUAUCACUUUAAGAACCGGAUGAAGGCCUGUCAGAGGAACUGGGCGGAAGUGUUCGGAGAGGACAGCAUGUUUGCUGUGUCGCCCAGCUCCAGCUACCAGAAGGAACCUCAUGGCUGGCUAGUGGACUUGGUGAAUCGGUUUGGAGAAAUGGGAGGCUUCACAGCAAUUCAGUGUAAGCUCAACCAGGAAGAGAUUGAGAUCGGGUGUGUAUCCGCUCUGGUUCAGCCACUCGGUGUGUGUGCAGAAUACCUUAACUCCAACCUGGUGCAGCCCAUGCUGGACCCAGUCAUCCAUAAGAUGAUAACAUAUGUGCAGAACCUGGAGGAGAAAGACCUGAAAGACAAGCGUCUGGUGAGUAUUCCUGAGCUGCUGUCGGCCAUUAAGCUGCUCUGCAUGCGUUUCCAGCGGGAGUUGGUGAACGUGGUUGAUGACCUCCGGCUGGACAUUCUCCUACGAAUGCUCAAAACACCCCAUUUCAGUGCCAAGAUGAACUCCCUCAAAGAGGUCACGAAACUCAUCGAGGAAAGCACAGUGUCCAAGACUGUGAAGAACGCCAUCGAUACAGACCGACUGCUGGACUGGCUGGUGGAAAACUCAGUGCUGUCAAUAGCUCUGGAAGGAAACAUUGACCAGGCCCAGUACUGUGACAGAAUAAAGGGAAUCAUUGAGCUGCUGGGCAGCAAGCUCUCAUUAGACGAACUCUCCAAAAUAUGGAAAAUACAGGCUGGUCAGUCGUCCACUGUGAUCGAGAACAUCCACACCAUCAUCGCUGCUGCUGCUGUCAAGUUCAACUUUGACCAGCUCAGCCACCUCUUCGUCCUCAUACAGAAGAGCUGGGAGGUGGAGAGUGAUCGUGUCAGACAGAAGCUGCUCAGUCUGAUUGGACGGAUUGGCAGAGAGGCUCGAUCUGAGGCAACCACAGGAAAGGUGUUGGAGGUAUUGUGGGACUUGGCACAUCUGCCCACUCUGCCCACCUCUUUAGUGCAGCAGGCUCUGGAAGAGCACCUCACAAUCCUCAGCGAUGCUUAUGCUGUCAAAGAAACCAUCAAGAGGAACUACAUCAUCAAGUGCAUUGAGGACAUCAAGAAGAUGCAAAUACAGGAGGAUUCAAAGUCUCCCAGCGAGACACAGGUCUCUUUUCUAACUGGCACCUGGGGCAAGAAGAAACCAAGCUCAUUGGCUAAAUCGUCUCAGCAGACUAACCCUCAGACAGUGUGGGUUGUGCCAGCUUUACGGCAGCUUCAUGAAAUUACACGGUCUUUUAUCAAACAGACCUACCAGAAACAGGACAAGAGUAUAAUCCAGGACCUGAAGAAGAAUUUUGAGAUUGUGAAGCUGAUCACAGGCUCGCUGGUGUCCUGUCAUCGAUUGGCCGUGUCUGUCGCUGGAUCCAAUGGUCUUUCUGGGUCCACACUGGUGGAUGGACGAUACUCCUAUCAGGAGUAUUUGGAGGGUCACUUGAAGUUCCUUGCAUUCUUCCUCCAAGAAGCCAGUCUGUACCUGGUCUGGAACAGAGCCAAAGAGAUCUGGGAAUGCCUGGUAUCUGGCAUGGAUGUGUGUGAACUGGAUCGAGAGAUGUGUUUCGAAUGGUUCACAAAGGGACAGCAUGACCUAGAAAGUGACGUUCAGCAGCAGCUUUUUAAAGAGAAGAUCCUUAAGCUGGAACCUUACGAAAUCACCAUGAAUGGGUUUAACCUCUUCAAGACCUUCUUUGAGAACGUGAACCUCAGUGACCACCGUCUCAAACGGCAGGGAACACAACUGUGCGUGGAGCGUUUGGAUUUGGCCGGGAUGGACUUUAUCUGGAGGAUCGCAAUGGAGUCUCCGGAUGAAGACAUUGCUAAUGAAGCCAUACAGCUCAUCAUUACCUACAGCUACAUAAACCUCAACCCCAAAAUGAAGAAGGAUUCAGUGUCUCUACAUAAGAAAUUCAUUGCCGACUGCUAUAAGAGAUUAGAGGCUGCUAGCUCUGCGCUGGGCGGGCCGACCCUCACACACGCUGUAACCCGGGCCACCAAGAUGCUGACAGCCACUGCUAUGCCAACGGUCGCCACGUCAGUGCAGUCUCCAUCCAGGUCCAGUAAACUGGUGAUCAUAGAGAGACUUCUGUUAUUAGCAGAGCGCUACGUUAUCACGAUAGAGGACCUGUAUUCGGUUCCUCGAACUAUUCUACCUCAUGGAGCAUCUUUCCACGGCCAUCCUGUUACACUUCACAUCACUUACGAAUCUACCAAAGACACAUUCACCCUGGAGGCCCACAGUAAUGAGACUAUUGGCAGCAUCAGGUGGAAGAUUGCAGAUCAGCUCAGCUGUCCUGUGGACAAUGUGCAGAUAUUCGCCAAUGACAGCAUGCUGACGAUGAACCGUGACCAGAAGCUGCUGAAUCAGCUGGGUUUCUCUGAUGAGCAGAGUCUGACGGUGAAGAGCUCAGGAACAGGUACGCCGUCGGGCAGCUCAGCGGACAGCUCAGCCUCCGCCAGCUCCAGCAGCAGCGGUGUCUUCAACUCUGCAUACGCUCUCGAACAGGAGAAAUCUCUUCCUGGUGUGGUCAUGGCGCUGGUGUGUAACGUCUUCGAGAUGCUGUAUCAGCUUGCCAACUUGGAGGAACCCAGAAUAACUCUUCGUGUGAGGAAGUUGUUGCUGCUCAUCCCGACUGACCCAGAGGUGCAGGACGCCCUCGAUAACUUUGUGCCAAAAGAGUCCAGCGUCUGGAGUCACCAGAAAACUCUGUUUACACUGGGAUCGGAUUCUCAGGCCUCGAAGUCACCAUCUCUGUCCAGCAAACAGCAGCACCAGCAGAGUGCAGCGUCCAUCCUGGAGUCUCUGUUUCGCUCCUCUGCCCCGGGCAUGUCCACCUUCAGAGUGCUCUAUAACCUGGAGGUUUUGAGCUCCAAGCUGAUGCCCACAUCUGAUGAUGAAAUGGCCAAGACCAGUGUCAAAUCUUUCUGUGAGAACUUCCUCAAAGCAGGAGGUCUCAGUCUGGUGGUUAACGUCAUGCAGAGAGACUCUAUCCCGUCUGAGGUGGACUACGAGACCAGACAGGGAGUCUAUUCCAUCUGCCUGCAGCUGGCCAGGUUUCUACUGGUAGGGCAAGCUAUGCCUAGUAUCAUGGAUGAGGAGUUAAGCAAGGAUGACACUCUGUCCUCUCGACCGUUUCGUAACGCUGGCCGUCAGAGCGGCCGUCAGCUCUCCGUCUGUGGAACUCCAGAAAAGUCUUCCUACCGGCAGGUGUCCGUGUCUGACAGAUCCUCCAUCAGAGUGGAAGAAAUCAUCCCAGCUGCCCGUGUCGCCAUACAGACAAUGGAGGUGGGAGACUUCACAUCCACUGUUGCGUGUUUCAUGAGACUCACCUGGGCAGCAGCUGCAGGCCGAUUGGACCUGGUUGGCAGCAGUCAGCCAAUCAGAGAGACGACCAACUCUCUUCUCCCACUGGGUGUCCGCAGCAGGGUCAGCAGCACAGGAAGUAACUGCAGUUCCAGCAGUGAGGGUGAGGUGACCACACUGCAGGCUGGAAUAUGUGUCAAACAGCUGUUUGUGUCCAUUAAAGACACCAUCAUCGCACGAGAAGCACUCUCUUUACUCGUCACAUGCCUUCAGCUACGCUCCCAACAGCUAUGUUCAUUUUACUCUCUGCUGUCUGUGAAUGAUUUCAUCAUUGAUAUUCUACUGGGUUCACCGAGUGGAGAGAUCCGGCGUGUGGCAUGUGAUCAGCUGUACACUCUCAGUCAGUCGGACACUUCUGCGUACCCAGAGCUCCAGAAGCCGAACCUCUUCCUGCUGAAGGUGGUCCUGACAGCACAACUUCCUCUCUGGUCGCCCACCAGCAUCAUGAGGGGUGUCAACCAAAGGUUGCUUUCACAAUGCACAGAGUAUUUUGACCUGAGGUGCCAACUGCUGGAUGACCUGACAACUUCAGAAAUGGAGCAGCUUCAGAUCGGGCCAGCGGCGAUGCUGGAGGACGAGAUCAGCUGGCUAGAUAAUUUCGAGCCCACCUGGACUACUGAGCUGGAAACCAGUGAGGCCGACAACAUCCUGCUGGCCGGACACCUGCGCCUCAUCAAAACCCUUCUGUCCCUCUGUGGCACUGAGAAAGAACAGUUCGGUCCUUCCCUGAUCCAGCAGCUGUUGGACGACUUUCUGUUCAGAGCCUCUCGAAUCAUCCUGAACAGUGACAGCUCCUCUAGCACUACAGCAUCUAUACACGACUUUCACCCCAAGUGCAGUACAGUCAGUAGUCGUCUGGCGGCGUAUGAAGUGCUGGUCAUGUUGGCUGACAGCUCUCUGACUAACCUGCAGCUCAUCACUAAAGAGCUGCUGUCCAUGCACCAUCAGUCUGACCCAUCCCUCACCAAAGAGUUUGACUAUCUUCCUCCUGUAGACAGUCGCUCUAUUUCUGGGUUUGUGGGUUUGAAGAACGGCGGUGCGACAUGCUACAUGAACGCAGUGUUUCAGCAGCUCUAUAUGCAGCCUGGUUUGCCUGAGGGUGUCUUGUCGAUUGAAGAUGACACUGAAAACCCAGAGGAGAGUGUCUUCUGUCAGGUACAGUCUCUGUUUGGUCACCUGAUGGAGAGCAAACUGCAGUAUUAUGUACCCGAGAAUUUCUGGAAGAUUUUUAAGAUGUGGAAUAAAGAGUUAUAUGUGCGAGAACAGCAGGAUGCCUAUGAGUUCUUCACCAGUCUGGUGGAUCAGCUUGAUGAACAUCUGAAGAAAAUCGGUCGAGAGCAGAUCUUCAAGAACACAUUUCAAGGCAUUUUCUCUGACCAGAAGAUAUGCAAAGACUGUCCACACAGGUAUGAGCGUGAGGAGACCUUCAUGGCUCUGAAUUUGGGUGUGACGUCCUGUCAGAGUCUGGAAAUCUCUCUGGAUCAGUUCGUCAGAGGGGAAGUGCUGGACGGCAGCAAUGCAUAUUACUGCGAGAAGUGUAAAGAGAAGAGAACGACUGUGAAGCGGACAUGUAUAAAGUCCCUGCCCAGCGUGCUGGUCAUUCACCUCAUGAGAUUCGGCUUUGACUGGGAGAGCGGACGCUCCAUCAAAUAUGACGAGCAGAUCAGAUUCCCGUGGGUGCUGAACAUGGAGCCGUACACUGUGUCAGGAAUGGCCCGUCAAGAUUCCAGUGCAGAUCAUGGAGAGAAUGGGAGAGGGGGUGAGGCUGGAUCCGGGGGAUCACCUCGGAAGAAGGUCACCAUCUCUGAGAACUACGAGCUGGUGGGAGUGGUGGUUCACAGCGGACAGGCCCACGCCGGACACUAUUACUCCUUCAUCAAAGACCGCCGGGGUAGUGCACGAGGACGCUGGUAUAAGUUUAACGACAAUGUUGUGGAAGAGUUCGACAUGAAUGACGAGACUCUGGAGUACGAGUGUUUUGGGGGAGAAUACAGACCCAAAGUUUAUGACCAGUCAAACCCUUACCCGGAUGUGCGGCGGCGCUACUGGAACGCCUAUAUGCUGUUCUACCAGCGCAUCAGUGACCAGAAUUCGCCCGUCCUGCCUAAAAAGAGCCGCGUCAGCAUCAUGAGGCAAGAGGCAGAGGAUCUCUCUCUGUCAGCCCCAUCCUCUCCGGAGAUCUCACCCCAGUCUUCUCCACGACCACCCAGAGCCAACAACGACCGGCUCACUCUGCUCACACGCCUGGUAAAGAAAGGAGAAAAGAAAGGUCUGUUUGUGGAGAAGAUGCCCGCCAGGAUCUAUCAGAUGGUGAGAGAUGAAAAUCUGAAGUUUAUGAAGAACAGAGACGUUUACAACAGCGAUUAUUUCAGCUUCACCCUGUCUCUGGCUUCUGUCAACGCUACAAAGUUAAAGCAUCCAUCAUAUCAGGCCAUGGCAAAGACCAGUCUGCAGUUGGCCGUCCAGUUCCUCUUCCACACAUACCUGCGCACUAAGAAGAAACUCAGGGUGGACACAGAGGAGUGGAUCGCCACCGUGGAGGUUUUGUUGUCCAAGAGCAGCGAGGCUUGUCAGUGGAUGGUCCAGUAUCUGGUGGCACCUGAAGGACGGGAGAUCAUCAAGAUAUGUCUACUGGAGUGCAGUGUGCGAGAGGUACGUGUUGUAGUGGCCACUAUCCUGGAGAAGACCCUAGAGAGUGCUCUCUACUUCCAGGACGCUGGACUGGACUGUCUGCUGGACAUGCUGCUGUCUCUGCUGGAUAAAGACGUCCCGGACAACUGCAAGAACUGCUCUCAGUACUUCAGCCUCUUUAGCAACUUUGCUCAGAAGGGCUGUGGGCCUUGUCAGCUGCUGCUCAAACAUUCAGCUUAUCGCCGCAUGCUUGUCUUCCUCCUGGGACCCAACCGGCAAAACAACCAGCAUCGGCGCUGGAGUUCAGCCCAGGCUCGAGAGUUUCUGCAUCUCCACAACACUCUGGCCCUCAUAGUGCUGCACACUGACCUCACAUCUCAGCGGACAGAAGCUCAAGGAGUGUUCAAGCAGGCCUCAUCAGGUCUGGUGGCUCCGUCUUCAGUCCUCCUGCCUCUUCAUCCAGAUAUCAACACUCUGCUCUUCAAGGCUGAUGGACAGGCGUAUCUGAUGGAGGUGAUGUUUGCCAUGCGUGAGCUGUCCGGCCCUUUGUCUUUUCUCAUCGAGAUGAUCACGUACUGCUCCUUUUGUAAUGAACCUUUCUCACUUGGAGUCCUGCAGUUACUCAAGAAUCAUUUGGAAACAGCUCCUCCUCAUGAACUGAAGAACGUCUUUCAGAUGCUGCUGGAAAUCCUAAUGGUAGAAGAUCCCCUGCAGUCUCAGAGACUCAAAUUUGCUUUUGAAUCUGAAAAAGGUCUUCUGGCUUUGAUGCAUCAGAGCAACAAUGUGGACAGCAGUCGCUGCUACCAGUGUGUGAAGUUCCUGGUCACACUGGCACAAAAAUGUUCUCCAGCUAAGGAUUAUUUUAAGGAACUUUCAGGACACUGGAGUUGGGCAGUGCAGUGGCUUCAGAAGAAGAUGUCUGAGCACUACUGGACGCCCCAGAGUAAUGUAUCGAAUGAGACGUCCACGGCUAAAACCUUCCAGCGCACCAUUUCAGCACAGGACACUCUAGCUUACGCCACAGCUUUACUGAAUGAGAAGGAUCAGUCCGGCAGCAGUAAUGGAUCUGACGGCAGUCCAGCCAAUGAGAACUCAGACCGAAGCCUCAGACAGGGAUCCGAAUCCCCAAUGAUGCUGGGCGACUCCCGGAGUGAUCUAGAAGACGUGGACCCAUAAGCGCAGCCGUUUGUAUGCAACAAAACAACACAAAAAGGUUCUCUCUGACGGUUAAAAAACAUGUUGUGGCUCUAUAGAGACAAUCAGAAAACUGCAUUUGAUCUUGUAUGGACCAAAAGCAGAAAAAGGGCCCGUCGGAGCACUCGCUCGCUCUUCAGGACGCAUCGCGGAAGACGUGAACGAAAAGCGUUAUUUUUUUUUUUUUUUUUUUUUUUUUUUUUUUUUCUACUGGUGGUUAAAACUGGCUGGAUGAAACUAAGAGUUGUUCAGUUUUUUCGUCAAAUUCGACGAGUUCUGUCAGACGAUUGGGACUUAAUAAAAACAAAGGCUCUCGUUUUCCUUGAGGUUUUUACGCAGGAAACUACUGCUCCACAGUGUCAGAUGGGGGCGUUUUAAAAAGAAAUCCAAAAUCAGCGUGUAUUUGCCAAUGUAAUUACGUAGAUACUGUUCAUGAGAAAUGUAAAGAUGUGUUCCAUAUGUGUAAUUUCAAAUGUAAAAUAAUAUUUUUAAGAA